AGCUCGUAGUCGUUGGUCUUUAUACACAUAGAGCUGCUGCUUGUGCCUUCAUUAUCUUUGCUGCCUUCUCUGGCUGCUGUUGGACCAAAGUGGUGCAUUCUGGGACCUGUUCCCAAAAUUUGGCGUGCCUGAGCUCUCCCAUGCUGUCAGGUGUGAGGAAUUGCAGCGGCAGAAAAAUCGUCCCUGGGCAGGUGAUGGCUGCCACCCUUGAGCAGGCAAGCUUUGAGGAGGAACAGCCUCCUAACGAGAAGGAAACCGUGACCUGGAAACCUGGAGAAGUAAAGCCCAAAAUACUAGGGCAGACUAAAGCAGAUGAGUGUUUGCCGAAGAAUAUCCCACGUGUUCUUGAUAGUGACUCUGAAGGAAGUGAAUUCUCUGAUAUCUCUGCCUAUGAAGAUGGUGUCAGUCUGCACACGGACACUGACGUGGAAGACUUGUGUGGUGACAUCUCCAGUAUGCUUGAGGAUGUAACUUUCCCUCGGCAGCAAGCUGCUUCGACGUAUGAGGUGGAGGACUGGGAUAAAGAGUUGGAGGAGUCUGAAUGUAAUCCUUAUGAUGCUGGUGAUCUCUACUGCGGAAGCUUUCAGGAAAAUAAUCUUUUGGCCUCGUACUCAUUGCGAGAGGAUUCAUUGUACAACCCGUGCUGUCACCAUGCAGCUUGCCUGGCUUUUACACUGCCAGUUAGAAUGACUGAGGUUGGACAGUUUGAUGAUGCUGAUGAAUGAGGUCACAACUAAAUUUGGCUUCCGAGCUGGACUGUUCUUCACUGAGAGAGUUGCAUUAAGUCCUUUGGCUUGCCUGUAGAGUUCUGCUUAUGGCCAGAAGUGCUGCACCAUCUUCAAAGUUUUUCUUAGAAUGUUUCUGAUGUGUUUGUAAACUGACUGUGCCCAAGCUCUAGGAUCCAGAGUGCAGGGGCUAGCUGUAAACGGCUAGUGCACUUCUGGACUAUUUUCUGUUUGUAUUACAUAGAUCUAUAUUGUUGCUAAUUCAGUGUUUGGGAGGAAGUAUUUAAUUUCAAAUCUUAGCUUGAUUGUGAAGUGUUGCCAAUUUUGGCAUGCUGGUACUUGUGUAUCUGGGCACUUAACUUGCAGUUAUCUUUCGUUUGUUAUCAAAUUGGUUUCACUGCUUUUAAAAACUCUUCCUCCUUCCAACUUCUCUGUUGUAUUUCUGUGUUGCAGUUUGUGACUCCAAAUUAGUCAUGACAAAAUUAGACACAACAAUACAAAAUGAGUUCUUUUGGUUUGAUGUGUUUCAAUACAAAGGAACUUGCAAAAUGUCUGUCACAUGUAACACGCAUGUGGGCAUAUAGCUGGGAUCCUGUUUCCUAUAGAAAUACUGGGUGUUUGACAGCCUGCCAGAAAAGGUUUCUGCUCAUCAGACCUUGUAUGCAGACAUAUUGUCUUCCAGUCUCACAGUUGUCUGACGUUGUGUGGGGAUCUUAUAAAGACAUGUAAUGACAAAAAAAGCAUGCUUAUGUAAUCUCAGUGUGUCCUGCAAGCAGUGGGGAAUUAAGAUUCAUGAUAUUACUGAUACUUUGUUAUUUCUGUGUUGACAAACGAGGAAAUGGGAACACAAAAUAGUUCCAUAAAGUUUCUAAGAGAAUAGCUGGAACUAGAACUACAUCCUUUUUGCCUCUGCUUUGGAAUUAAAGGAAAUGUUCUCAAAUGAAGUAUAGAAGUGGACUGAAUGACUGACUAAUUACAAAACAAUCUCCUAUUGGUCCUGUUUCAUUAAUCACUUCUCAGAAGCAUUUUGAUGACUGUUUUGACGCUGCCUGAUACUGAAGCACUGUGCCUUUGUUUGUUCUCAGGCAAGGAGUUAAUAGAACUGGAAGACUUUUUUUCUAGACUAUCCAGUGUAUGAAACUAAAAUAACUCAUGUAUGAGUUUUGAAGGAGAAAGUACAUAACAUCUGCUUAAUCUUUUCUUUGAGAGCUGGGGAAGACAAGAGCUCAGAAGAAUCUUUUGUUCUGGUACAUGGGAGUUCCUGGUUAAAUCUGAGUAUGUAGCAAAGAGCAGAAGCUGGCUGGUGGUUUUGUAGCUGAGGGCCUGUUUGUCAUCCAGUAUGAUGGAGCCCUGUGAGGAGUCAUGUUUCUGUCAAAACUUAAUUCAGCAUGCUUCCAGAACACAUACGUACAUAGAAGACAUAGUCUGACAGUCUGUUCUUUUUUUGAACAGAAAGAAGCCCUAGCUGUGCUAUGGCACUGCUGGCAUUUUUCUUUUGUGGGCUGCUGUGUUAUCAGCUGCUCUUUGAGCGGAGUUCUGCGUUAGCUAGAAAAUGUGCUGGCCUCUGUGGAACAGAAGUGGGAAUUGCCUAGGUUUGGAUAUGUAGUGGCUUCUUUUUCUAAGCUAGACAAGAAGAAUAAAACUCUAAGUGUGCCUGUGACUGAUUCAAUUCAAUAUUAAUAAAUAUAAAUUGAGUACAGAUUAGUAGGGUAAUGAUAGGUAAAUUGUACGUUUGUUAUCCUUUCUAUCAGUUUCUCAGGCCUCAGCUGUAGAUGUCAAUGCUAUCCUGCAGAGGGCAGCAAAACGUGGUUUAUUCUGUUGAGGAUUUUUAUCCGGUAUGAAGUUUCACCAGCAAGUGUCAGAUCCUUAGGCUGGAUUUCUAACAUUAAUAGCAAUUUAGAUUUGGGAUCUGCAUGGCCCUGUUGUCCCUCAGUGAGGCUGAUUAAUGGCCCUGAUCAGCUUCUCAUUUUCUGUUUUACUUUGAAGUUACACUCACUAGACUGAGAACUUCUCCCAUGGCUGAGAAAACAACAUCACUUGACUUCAGCUUUAUAUUAAUAUGCUUGUGAAUCCCAUCAGAUUUAAUCAAGGUGAGACCAACAGAAUUCUGUGGAAGGAAAGCCACCUUCUUCAGAGCUGAUUUAAAAGGAUAACCAAGAAGUUAUUUACAUAGAUUAGGUUAAUUUUUAUUCCUGUACGAUUCCAAAAUUUUACCUUUUAAUUGGAAUCAGCCUCAUCUCUCUGGACCCACGUUAUUUGAGGAGAAGUUAAUUGUGCUGAAUGUCUGCCUUGCUAAGCUGUAUUAUAAAUGAUUGUAACUUUAUAAGAUUUGUCUGCAGUUUUCCUUUCAGGUUAAAACUCACAUUACCUCUGUCAGCCUUGCAAAAAAUGACUUGUGAUGGGUUGUACAGCAGAGAAGCAUUACACUCUGCAGGGAUGUGUUGGCCAAUCUAGUUUUGUUCACCUUGGCGAUGCUUGCUGGGAAAGGGGCUUACUGUAAGGUUUGAUCUCAACACUCUCCAUCUUCAGUGGGAUUAGAAAACCAGCUGCAGGCUUCUCAGAAAGCAUCUCCUUGGAAGAAUUUUAUUGUUUCUGCACUACAGAGUGUUUCGGUUGCCAUUGUGAAUCUUGUACUGAGUCUGUUUCAUGUUGACACAAGCGUGUCAUGCUAGAUAAGAAUACUUUGCAAUUAAAACCAAUGUAAAAUGAUGUUUGAACCAACAAUUCAAACUAAGAGCAUCAACCCUUCAACCUGCUCAAAUUAUUUGAGGUAAAAACAUUCACUUACAGGACCAAUUCUAUGCAUGCAAGGAAUGCAUUGAUAGUACAUAGAUCAAUUUGAAAUUUGUAUGAUCUGAAUUUGUAUCAGAUGUGUCAAAGUUUUCUCAGUUGAAUAUGCAUAUAUUUUUAAACUAGUUUUUCCCUUCUAUACUGCCUACAAUAUAAGAUGCCUCACAAAGGUAUCUUGUCAGCUUAAAAGGGUGACUUAGAAGGAGACCUGGGAACAACUUUAAAGCUGCCCUUACUUUUCUUUUUUCUCAUUUACCCUUUUUACAGGUGGAGAUAAAUAUACCGGCCUCUUGGUGCAUCACUUUAGCAUCUCUGAGCAAGAAAUCUUUUCUAAAUGCUGGUGUUGAGGGGAAAAAAAAAUGCAACAGCACGAGUUUUGUAUUUUCUUUAAACAGUCCAGCGAAUAAAUGGGAACUUGUUUUGGGUGCAUCAGUGGUUUCCUUUGAGACCUAUGGGGAAUUAUUUGCGAAAGGAAAUAAUUAAAGGAAAUGUGUUCAUAUUUCCUGUUGAUAAGGUACAGCACAGCACUUAGUUCAUACAUGAGACUGAGAUAGUGGUUUCUUGCUGGCGUGUGUGUACAUAUACAUACACAGCAUCCAGCCUGUUUUAAUGUCUUCUAAAGACUGCUGCUUGGCUCUUGUUUUGUCCCAUCUUUUAACUAGUGUGCUUUUGGCUCUUAAGAUGAGGAAAAAUCCUUCACUGCUGAGAAAACUAUGAAUAAUUUCGUAGAUUAAAGGAAAAAAUGCUGAUGGCAGCAGCCCAUCCCAACCAUCUGUUGCUUCCAAGGACAUCAGGUAAAUCACAUUUUAACAAAGAUCACUUUCUGAAGCUGGUGGGUAAGUUUCUAUAGGCACGGCAGAGGAACUUCUGAUGGUUACUCUCUGUGGUUCUGUAUUGCAGAUGUAUGCAUUAGAGACUCAAGAGAACAAAGUGUGUUGGAGUUGUUAGUCCUGGGUGAACUAACUGCUUGUAACAAACUUCCUAGCUUGGCAGAUGGGCCUGUAACCUACUAAAAAAAGCUGCAAUGCACACAACCCUAGUAAUUAAUUGGUCUUAGUGAUGGAAGAAGUGUUCUUUAAGCAUUUGGAGUAGAUCCUCAGCUGGUUUAAACCAUAGCAGCUCAUUAACCAAGUAGAAGCUUGGAUAUGCAGUGCCUAUGCAAUGAUGCCCCUAUGCAAUGCCUGUGGUAUUAAUAAGAGCUAAUACUUCCAACAGAGGCAUGGGCAACAAAUGAAAAUAAUGUAUUGGAGGUUGUCUUUAGAAGUAACUCUUAGGGAUAAUGGUGGUAGACUGGAACUUUGUUCAGCACUUUAUCUGAAGUAAUUCCUAGCCUGGAUAGGCAGCCCGUGAAAGCCAGUGCAGUGGGAAGCCAAUUCAUGGUGAGGCAUUUGGCAUGACUUAAUGCUGAGCUGAUGGUGUCCUGGUGAAUUCUCUGCAAGGAAUCAGGGACUGAACUCUGGCUCCAGAAGUCUUUUUUUGUUUGUUUUCCUCAGAAGAGAAGCAUGCUAAGUUUUUUGGUCCAGAUUUCACAUACCACUAAAAGGACAAUAUCAGAAGACUUGAGAACCAUAAUUGCUCCAAAAUGGCACCUUUUGUGAAGACAGAAUAUCUUUAGGAGGGUAGCAGGGAAUGUCUGGAGUUUGUGCUGUCCAGAGCUGUUACUUUCUUCUGCUUAAAGCCAGAGAAUUUUACUAUGGUUCCAGUUGCUGUAUUUGUUGAGUUUUAGUAAAAUAUGCUGGGUCUCAUAUAAAAACCUGUCUGAUUUUUGCAUUGCAAUUUAGAACAGGUUUUAACACUCCCCUAGGGAAAGGGAGGAGGGUGUAGGGGUGAAACUAAUAUAGCUUCUAUUUUAAACUUGUAAUGGCUACUUGUCAUAGGGAUCGUUUUGGUCAUGUGGCCUAAACCUCAGUCCUUCAGGAUACAGCCAAGCCGUUCUUGUGGCAAAAUAAAAUCUUCCUUGGUAGCUUUGUAGAUCUUGCAAGCUUCACGUGCAAAUUAAAGCUAUAAAUACAGAAUUAAAAAUUAAGUGUGAAAAUAUGAUGCAAAAUAGUACCCGGAGUGUUCCCCAACUUGAAGAAGCUCAGUGGGUGCGGAAAAUGGGCUUGGUACUGAAUUUCAAACCAGGGCUGAGGAAUCAAUCAUACAGGUAUUUGAUUCUAAAGGUGUUUUUGUGCUCUGCUACUUUCAAGGAAGAGUCAAUAAUCAGGGAAGCAUUGUGCUAGUAGGGAAGAACACGUAAAUGAAGAUUGCAGAUUUGGUUUCAACUGCAGUUAGCUCAUUAUGUCACAUUCUGAAGCUGGACAAACAGUAAUCUGAAAUGAAUGCACAGUAGUGGAGCCUCUAAAUACCACAGUGCUAAUUCAGAAGUCACCACUGUUUUCUGGUCUGGUGUCAGUACUGGAUUUGCUAGUACAGUAAUUCCCUUUGCUCUCAGUGCUGUGUUUAACAGUACUUUGUGUUCUGUAUUCUUCAAAGAGGCUGCUAUUUUC